GGGGCGGGACCGCCAUCUUGUCGUGCGAAUCUGUGUGCUUUGCAAGAGGGAAAUCGGCGGUUGGUGGCCGGGGGCGCACUUCCUUCCCUAUGGAUACCAUGACAAGCCCUGAAAAAGAUCACUGCAGAAUGAAAAGUUACAAAAACAAUGCUCUCAAUCCCCAAGAGAUGCGACGGCGAAGAGAAGAGGAAGGUAUUCAGCUUCGAAAACAAAAGAGAGAAGAACAAUUAUUCAAACGCAGAAAUGUUUCUCUACUAGGAAAUGAAGAAUUAAUGCAGGAAAGUCCUAUUCAGGAUCCUGAUGUCAGCUCUACUGUGCCUAUACCAGAGGAAGAUGUAAUUACUUGUGAUAUGGUGCAGAUGGUUUUCUCGGAUGAUCCAGACCAACAGCUUGCAGCAACCCAGAGAUUUAGAAAACUGCUUUCUAAAGAACCCAAUCCUCCAAUAGAUGAAGUCAUACAAAAACAAGGAGUUGUGCAGAGAUUUGUAAAAUUUCUGGAAAUGAAUGACAAUUGCACUCUUCAGUUUGAAGCUGCCUGGGCUCUUACAAAUAUAGCAUCCGGAACAUUCCUUCAUACUAAAAUAGUAAUUGAAAAUGGAGCUGUCCCAAUUUUUAUUAAGUUGUUGAAUUCUGAACAUGAAGAUGUCCAGGAACAGGCAGUGUGGGCUCUUGGUAAUAUUGCUGGAGACAAUGCAGAAUGUAGGGAUUAUGUGUUAAGCUGUGGAAUACUUCCCCCACUCUUACAAUUAUUAACAUAUGCUAACAGACUUACAACAACUAGGAAUGCUGUCUGGGCCCUUUCAAAUCUCUGCAGAGGCAAAAAUCCACCUCCAGAUUUCUGUAAGGUUCGACCUUGCUUAGGUGUUCUGUCAAGACUGCUGUUUAGCAGUGACCCAGAUGUUCUAGCAGAUGCUUGCUGGGCCCUCUCUUACCUUUCAGAUGGACCUAAUGAUAAAAUCCAAGCAGUUAUUGAUUCUGGAGUCUGUCGGAGAUUAGUGGAACUUCUGAUGCAUAAUGACUACAAGGUAGUAUCACCUGCAUUAAGAGCAGUUGGAAACAUCGUAACUGGUGAUGACAUUCAAACACAAGUAAUUCUAAAUUGCUCUGCAUUACCCUGUCUCUUACAUUUGCUGAGUAGUCCCAAGGAAUCUAUUCGGAAAGAAGCAUGCUGGACAGUUUCUAAUAUUACUGCAGGAAACAGAGCUCAGAUCCAGGCUGUUAUAGAUGCAAAUAUAUUUCCUGUACUGAUUGAAAUUCUUCAGAAAGCUGAAUUUCGUACUAUCAAGGAAGCAGCAUGGGCCAUCACAAAUGCAACAUCAGGAGGGACUCCUGAACAGAUCAGCUACUUGGUAGCAUUAGGUUGUACCAAACCUCUCUGUGAUCUUCUGACUGUGAUGGAUUCUAAAAUAGUCCAGGUGGCUUUGAAUGGACUCGAAAACAUUCUACGACAUGGAGAACAAGAAUCUAAGCAAAGUGGAAUUGGAGUUAAUCCUUACUGUGCCCGUAUAGAGGAGGCAUAUGGACUAGAUAAAAUUGAAAUUCUUCAGAGACAUGAAAACCAGGAGAUCUACCAAAAAGCAUUUGAUCUUAUUGAACAUUACUUUGGUGUGGAAGAGGAGGAUGCCAGUAUUGUUCCACAAGUGGAUGAAAAUGAGCAGCAAUUUCUGUUUCAGCAGCAGGAAGCUCCAAUGGAAGGAUUUCAGUUGUAACUAUUAAGAUAAAUACUAAUUUUGUAGCUCAUGCUGGGGAGACCUUCUUUUGCUGGUCAGCAUCAAGGAAGAUGAGAAUGUUCUACUAAAGACAGAUAAAGAAGCAGCUCAUGCACUUGAAUUUUCUGUCAGAUGCAACUUUUUGUUCAUUCUUCUUAUACUUUUGUGUGAUUCCAUUGUCUUAGUCUAGAUACACUAACUAAUCACAACUUCAAAAAGUUGCAAAGUUUGAACGAUGUUCUCAUUAGCUACUGAUGCAGAGUUUUUCAGGCAGUUACUAGAAGUGCAUAAUUAUGCAUAAACAGCUGUUGACGUUUUGAAUUUUGGCUGUAGGGUUUAGGAGCCCAUCCUGUACUAAAUCUACCUCUUUAUGCAGAAGCAAAAAAGAUGCUUCAAGAUUAAAGUGAGACAUAUAUAUAUGUAUGUAUGUAUAUGAGCUCAUAGCAAAACUUAAACUUUAGAAUGUGAAAGAGUAUUUAUUUAAAUAGUGAAAAUAUAGUUUUAUGUGUGAUACUUUGCUAUAAACUGGUGGAAUAUAUUUAUAUUUGAAAGCAUAAUACUUAUUGGGGCACACUGCUGAUUAUGAUACAGCAUUGAAACAUAAAAACGUUUUUCUGUUGUGUGAAAAGAUGUGACAGCUAGUUUUAAUUUGACGUGUAGGCCUUGCUGCCUAGCUUUGUAAUGAAAGUUCCCUCUCCCUCUGUUUGUCCUACAGUGGUGUUCCAAAUGAGGCUGCCUAGGUUUUAUCCAGUCACUGUAGCUCUACCUUAAACAGCAGGUUGUGCAGACAUGCAUAGGCAAUCUUGUUUCUCCUCUCCAGUGAGAGAAGCAAGUACCUGCCCAGCUGGCUUCCACUCAAGGCAGACCAUGCCAGGGUUUUUUUGUGGCCCUUUGGCAACUCUCGUUGCAAGUUGGAGAGAGUUUAUUCUUUUGUGUUUAUACUUGCUUUUAUAAUGCCCAUUGGAUUCUUGUGAGGGUAAGGGAAAGUUUCUACAGUGGCAUAGAAUAAGUUUAACUUACAUGUUACCAAAGUGUUCAGAAGUCUGUGAUACUCUUUUCUUGAAACACUGACUACAUGCUUUAUUUGUACAGAGUCAAUAUAUUGUAAUUGACCAAAUACACUAAUACAACUUACUUCAUGGGGUGGGGGUGGGAGGGAGCAGGGGAGUAAGGUUAUCUGAUUUUUUUUACCUUAUGUUUAAAGCAAGGUAUUUAUAAUAUGCCCUGCUAUAACUUUGCAAUAGUGCUACAUUAGAACAUAUUUUCCAGUAAAUUGAAGAAAAGAUACUUGCUUUUGCUGUAAAUAUAGUAAGUGGUUGAACAUACAAAUAUUUCUGACAAUUUAUGCAAAAUGUCUAAUGCCAAGCUUUUUAUAGAAUACUGCUGCAGUGAAGCCUUGAGGCCAUUCUGUUGCAGAGUUUGAAUAUCUAUGGCUUUUUUUUCUUGGCAGCAAAAUUAAAUUACUUUGAUUUGGCUUACUAGAAAUCAUUUGAUCUGUGUGGUUUUUUUUUUUAAGUUCUGUAAAAUAUUUGCAAUUGCUUGCCUUUUGCAUGGCAUUAUGCAACUGGAAAAAAGUCUGUCAGCUGGAUACGGAGCGUACUGCUGGUGCAAGGAUCCUGUUCAGUUAGCAGAACGGAACCUUUGACUUUCUGGUAUCUACAAAGAUCAAUUUUUCUAAGAAGCCCUUUGUAACAUUGGUCUGUGCAAGGACCUGCAGUAGUAGGCCUGCCUGAAGCAGUUGCAUGGAGAAAGAAGCUGCAGGUGGCAACUUUCCUGUUCAUGCUGCAUAGCAGUUGAAAGAGAGAGGGAGAGAGAGAGAGAGCAUUCUUUGCGCUCUCUGUUCCUCCAGUAGGAAAUCAGUUGUAUAUAUUUAAAUGAAAUGCUCUUCAGUUAUGUGGAGCAGAGUGGCAGAGUGACUAGACAGUCCGUGCUUCCUGCUCCACCCCACCCUGAACACUUACUGAGUCUAUGAGAAGCUUCUGCUCUCCAUCCUCAGUUGUGAAAAUGGCAAAUUUAGGAGCAGAUGUAUCACCUGGACUCUGGGUUGCCUUCUCAGAGGCAAUGAAUCAGCAGCAUUGAGGAAUUGUGGUGUUAAAGAUUUACUCUUUAAGAAGCUGCUAUGAGGGCACUCUUAAGGGAAAGGAGUGUACGGUAGUGCUGUUACUCUGAAUUCCAUAGUUUUGAACUGACAGCUCUCUAAUAUUUGUGUACUUUGUUCCCUUAAUUUUAGUUUAAAAUAUUUGUCUGCAGUCAUUCAUUCCAAAGAUAAGUUAAAGAAAUGAUCAGUAAAAAGUCAAUUGAUCAGAGUAACUAUAGUAAGUUUAAAAAUUCAGUCUUGCAUUACAAAAAUUACCAGUUGUGCCUGCUUUUAAUUUGGAAAUCUAAUAGAUAUUAUCAUCUAAACAUUUUUAUCUAAGCCAAAUCUGAGACUAUACAUCUCUGUCCUUUCUAUUUCUUAUAAAAAGGAAUGUUUAAAAUAAAUUGGAAAGAAGUUACUGUGAUAAGAAUUAAAAUAUAAUUUCUGUUUAGUUAAGAUGUAACGCUGACAUCUUUAGUUUUGAAUUUAAAUAUCAGAAUUUCAGGGUGAAUUUUGCCCUUGUACACAUGAGACUGAGAAGCUUUGUAUACUUAACAAGAGAGUUGCAGGCAUAGUCUGUUAGCAGAACAGGUACGAAAUGGCACAUGCAGUGUGUACUGUGGUUCCGGAACAAUAAUCCUAACUGGUAAUUUUUUAAAAAUAGCUUUCAAAUACUUAGCACUAAACCAGUUCAGUAUUUUCCUAGUGCGGGUUAAGAGACAUUUUCACAUUAAAGCUUGCAUUUGGAUUAUGAAUAUUUAAUCUAUGCAAUCAUGCCAAGUAUGUUCUACAACAUUUUUCAUAUAUAAAACUGUCUAGAUUUCUAUUGAAUAUUUUUCCAUACCUGCACUUCUAUUUUUGAGGACUUCUUCAUUUUGCUUUUAUGUGUAUAGUCUUGCCUUUAAAAAUAGUGGUAAUAGUGGUUUUCAUUCCAAUAGGUUUACAUUUAGAAAAUAAUUUUGUAGGUCAAUUUUGUCCAUUAACAACUGGAAUGAUUUUCUUGAGCUUUAUAAUUUACCUUUUGGGUGUAUUUUCUAAUUUCCUGCAUAUUCCAUUGGAAAAAAUGAUGUAGACUAUGAAAGUACUUCAAAGAUUAUGGCAAUCUUAUAAGUAUUGUUUUUACAUUUACUCUUGUUACUGUGUUCUAAAUGGGUAUCUGUAACUUGGUAUUACAUCUUUAAAAGCAAUUUGGAAGCUCUAACUGAACAAACCUACAAAUACGAACAGUAUGCAAUAUUAUGGAAUGUUACCAUUAUAAAUACUACAGAUAAAAAUUAAUAAAGUUAUUUUACAGUGAUCUGUCCUCUAAAUUGAGCUCUGGCUCUAUUUACUUGAAACUAUAAUAGAAUAGUUUUUGCUACUUGAACAUUGUAUAAACCUAAACAGAAUGGUUGUGCUACAAUUUAUAAAUAAAUCCAACUGUAUCCAUUGGCUUUCAGCUGUAGUUACAUGGGCACGGGAUUUCAGCUUUAAGCAGCCCCCCUACCAUUCAUCUGUUAUAUUUUCAGAAGGAAAUUGUUCAUGUCAGUAUGGUAAGCUAACAUAUCUUGUUGGAUGCAGCAGUUUAUACUGCAUUAAAAAAGGUUUUCACCAAGUGACCCAAAGAAAUUCCUAUCAGUAAAAAUUUCUAACCCUGAAAAGGAUGUUCAAACUUGAGUAAGUUAUGCAAUUCUAGAUGGUUUCAAGGUUUUUAAUUUGUAUCUACUGGGUUCUGAAUGAAGUGAUCUCUGACUAAUGAAAGCUCAUGCUUAAAUAAAUGUUCAUCUUUAAGAUGCCA